AGCAUAAGCUUUCCUGAGCUACAGCUCACUUCAAGGAAUGCAUCCGAUGAAGUGAGCUGUAGCUCACGAAAGCUUAUGCUCAAAUAAAUUGGUUAGUCGCUAAGGUGCCACAAGUACUCCUUUUCUUUUUGCGAAUACAGACUAACACGGCUGCUACUCUGAAACCUGUCAGAUGCUUCAGUUCCCCAGGCGCCAAGAGGGAGAGGGGGGGGAGCGCCAGCAGUCAGCGCUGCGGGAUAUGGCCGGGGGUGGGUGGGUCAGUAUCAUGCAGGGCUUGUGGGGCCCUGGCAGGGCAAGAUAGAGGUGGUCACGUGGGAUCAGUUUUGUGAGUCAAGAAGCAGCAAGCUGAGGGUGGGAGCGUUUGAGGAGUCAUGGUUACGCCCCCCCCCCCCCCCCCCCCCCCCCCCAGUGCUUGGGGAGACAGGGGCCAUGUGCACUGCGUGUGGAGAGAGAAGGUUGAGGGCAUCUCUCACCGCACAGUCUCAUGGGCUCACAGUCUCAGAAGGUGCACUGCACUGCAUGGGUGCCCUGAGUAGGCUCAUGGAUUCACUGUGUGUGAAAUCGUCUCUCCCAGAAAACUUCAUUGUAGGUCUGAGUAAAUCAUCCACCACAUAGGAUGGAUUUAGCCCACAUGAGGUAUUUAUUUGAAUCCCAGUGCAAAUUCAGAAGCUGCAAAAUGCAAGCUAUGGUUUAAAAGAAAAUUGUCUAACGCCUCAUGUCAUUGUUCACAAAUUGUUACAAUGAUCCAGCGUAUACUUAAACAGCCUUGGGCCCAAAUCCUGAUUUCAGUGCUCAGCAGCUGACUACAUUUAGCCCUUUGUCGUUUUACAUAAAUUCUCUUCAGUCUAAAGUCUGCAUUUUUCUAAUUUUGGCCCCAGUCCUGCAAAUAAUCCUCACUAUUCAUAUAAUAGGGUGGGGUCUAAAUUAGCUUUAACACUCAAGAAAAAGAUCUUGGGAGUAAUUGUGGAUAGUUCUCUGCAAACAUCUGCUCAAUGUUCUGCAGCAGCUAAAAAAAGCUAACAGAGUAUUAAGAACUAUUCGGAAAGGGAUGGCUAAUAAAACAGAAAAUAUCAUUAUGCCACUAUAUAGAUGCAUGGUAUGGCCAUAUGUUGAAUACUGCAUGCAGUUCUGGUCGCCCCAGCUGAAAAAAGAUAUAUUGGAAUUGGAAAAGGUUCAGAAAAGGGCAACAAAAAAUAUUAGGGGUAUGAAACGGCUGCCAUAUGAGGAGAGAUUAAAAAGACCAGACUGUUCAGUUUACAAAAGAGACCUAAGAGGGGAUAUGAGAGAAAUCUAUAAAAUCAUGAAUGGUGUGGAGAAACUGAAUAAGGACAUGUUAUUUACAUCCUACACAACACAAGAACUAGGAAUCACUCAAUGAAAUUAGUAGGCAGGAGGUUUAAAACAAAAGGAAAUAGUUCACACAGUGCACAGUCAACCUGUGGAACUCAUUGCCAUGGGAUAUUGUCAAGGCCAACAGUAUAACUGGAUUAAAAAAAAAAAGAAUUGGAUAAAUUCCUGGAGGAUAGGUCCAUCAAUGGCUAUUAUCCAAGAUUGUCAGGGACACAACCCUAUAGUCUGGAUGUCCCUAAACUUCCAGCUACCAGAAGCUGGGACUGAAUGACAGGAAUGUAUCACUUGAAAUUGCCCUGUUCUUUUCGUUCCCUCUGAAACAUCUGGCACUGGCCACUAUCAGAGACUGGAUAUUGGGCUAUUCACUGGUUUGAUCCACUCCUGUGGUUAUUCUUAUGUUCUAAAGCCACACAUGCAUAACUUUACACACAUUUCUGAAAUGGGCCUGCUCAUAUGAGUAAAAUUACACACAUGCUUGGGCUCUGAUCCUGCAAAUUCUUUUCUAGCCACCAGUACAUUAUGUUUAAGGGGCAACUUUUUUCCUUGUGCAGACAGCUGCACCUCUGGCCAGUAAUACUAUCCUAAGAGCUUUUCUCAGAGCAGCUGAUACAAAAAGUUGUAUUAACAGAGUAUGUUUUUAUAAAAUGCUGCUUUUUUAUUAUUCUUUUUCAUGUUGCUUGCUUAUCCUCAUACUGUCUUAAUAAAGGUUAGUUGCUAUUUAGAGUUAAUUGUUCUGUCUUUAAAAUAGACUAUUUCCUUAAUGUGUGAGAACUGGGUUAUGGAAGUGAUGUUUACAUGUUAUUGGUGUGAUUCCUAUUUGUAUUUUGGGUAGUGGCCUAGAAGCCCUAACCAAGGGCUAGAUCAGUUGUUCCCAAACUGGGGGGUGUGGAGGAACAUCGGGGGGGGGGGAGGCACACCAGGAUCUGGGCAGGCCGACAGGGAGGACAGGAGGGAGUGCCACCAAGAACUCUGGGUUCCACUCUGCCCCCAGCCCUGACUCAGCCACAGCUUGGGCUCCAGCCCUGGCCCUCUCCCAGCCCCCCAGCCUCCUGCCUCAGCUCCACGCUUCCAAUCAUGGUGGGGGAUGCGCACAGGUUCCAUUACAGUAAGGGGGGGGGCGUGAUGGAAAAUGUUGGGGAGCACUACGCUAGAUGCGACCCCAACACGUGACAAGAGACAGCCCCUGUUUCGAGGGCUUGCACGCUAAACACACAGAGUGACGUGACUUGCCAGGGGCCGAGCCAGGAUUGGAACCCAGGCGUCCUAGCCCCCGGGCCGCUGCUCUAGCCACUAGCUGCGCACCUUGCAAGCCGCUAUCCGCUCCUUCCGCCACAAAUCAGUGGCCGCCCCGCCCUCGGCAGCCGGGCCCCGCCCCCUGCAGAGGCUGUAUCGGCCGCUGCCGCCGCCGUUCCAGCACGUCGCCCGCGGGGAGUCAGACCGACAGCCAUGCCGGGACUGCUGCUGGGGGACGAGGCCCCCAACUUCGAGGUGGACACCACGCACGGCCGCAUCCGCUUCCACGACUUCCUGGGAGACUCAUGGGGCAUCCUCUUCUCUCAUCCCCGUGACUUCACUCCCGUCUGCACCACUGAGCUGGGUCGAGCAGCAAAGCUGGCCCCUGAGUUCAAAAAGCGCAACGUUAAAAUGAUAGCCCUCUCUAUUGAUGAUGUCAAUGACCAUCUCGCCUGGAGUAAGGACAUCAAUGCUUACAAUGGUGAUGAGCCCACAGAGAAGCUCCCCUUUCCCAUAAUUGCCGAUGCAAAACGGGACCUUUCAAUCCAGCUGGGCAUGCUGGACCCAGACGAGCGGGACAAGGAUGGCAUGCCGCUGACGGCGCGUGUGGUGUUUGUUUUCGGCCCAGAUAAGAAGCUGAAACUGUCAAUCCUCUACCCAGCAACCACUGGCAGAAACUUCGAUGAGAUCCUAAGAGUAGUGGAUUCCCUGCAGCUGACUGCAAAGAACAAGGUUGCUACCCCAGUGGACUGGAAGCGUGGAGACCGUGUCAUGGUUAUUCCCAGCGUGCCAGAUGAUGAGGCCAAAAAGCUGUUUCCUGAAGGAAUCUUCACCAAGGAACUCCCGUCAGGCAAGAAGUAUCUCCGUUACACCCCGCAACCUUAGAGCAAGUCGCUGCCAGCAGAGAUAACAGACUGCCGAUCAUGUGGUUUUUAGCAGAGCCGUUCACCUUGGGGUGGCCUGCGUGGGGUGGGGAGGGCAGACAGAGGCUGCUCCAGGGAGUAGUUGUCAGAACAGUUAAACUGACAGCUGCCAUGCCUGGUGUUAGCUUCUCAGGGAGCCUUCUUGGGGCUGGCUCAGAGUUGAUUAGAGUCAUGGCAGAUGCUGGUUCUGGUAAGCCAUGUGAUCAGCAGCCUUGUAUUAUCUGCUUGAAACCAGCUGAGCUGCAGCAGUACAAUAUGAAAUUCUUGAUUAUUCAUCCACUUGGUACUCACCCUCCACACACCUUUAUAGCUAGAAAACUGAAAUGUGCUUCUCCACUGGGAACUGCUAAAUAUAUGGAAGAGGAUGAUGGAUUUGUAAUAGUGCUGAACGCUUGUUCUCAUGGGUCUCUCCUAUUUUAAUAUUGGUGCUGGGGCAGGAUGGAAACACUUCAUGCUUCAAAAGAAAGAUCCCAUCCUACAACAAGACGCACCCCUGCAAAUAAUGAUUCACAAUGUGACAAAGAUUAUCAAAGUAGCUACAACUGGGCUGUGAGAAUUGCUGAAUAAGCAGCCAAAAUUGGAUGGGGUGGUAGCUCAUGAAUUGUCCAAACUGCCAUGUGCCUUUAGAACUAAAAUUACUCUAACUUGUUAAUCAAAAACUUACCUUUGACAAGUUUGUUACCAAAGCCGAUGCUGCAUUAGAGGAGCUGUAGGUGCAUCUGUAGCUACAUGGCUUUAUUACAGACCUGUAUUUCUCAUGGGGUUUUUUGCUUAGAUAGUUGACGAUUUUUUCUUUUUUGGAGGGGGGAGUUCAACAAAUAAAGCAGCAUUUACCAGAA